AUGUCAAGAAGAUGAAGUCGAAAAGUGAAAAACGAUUUUUUGGAAUUUUCAAAAAGAAAACCACGCCAGCGCCAGCGGCUCCACCUCCGAAUGACUCAAACAGAACUACACCACCACCAUCAUCAGAGGAAACGGCAGUUGUUCCUGAACCUGUUAUGCCACCGCGAAAAGGCAGCGUUGCCCAGACAAGUGUGAUCCAUUACUCCCCUCCCGGCACUGUACGCGCAUCUUUUCCACCAUCAGCCACCUCAUCCGUGGUUUCAGAUGGAUCUGAUGAGACAGCUGGUUCGGUAGUCGUCACGAGAAAGAGCAACAUAGUACUGGAGGAUGAAGAGUCAGUAAUCUCCACACCGGUGAGCCAAUACGAUGAGUCUCCAAUUGUGCAGAAGCAACGCACAAAACGAGCAGCUCCUCCACCACCACCACCACCAGCAGCAGCAGCAGCAGCUCCCAUCUCUCCGAAGGCUGCUCCGACGCCGCAAUCACCUGCUCCAAAUCGUGUACCACACUACCGUCAAACUUCGACAGCCUCCGUGUCAAGUACGAUUCCUCCACCACCACCCCCGCAUCGGAAACAGGAGAAUGGAAUCGAUUACGAGGCGAUGUAUAAGAGCUUGCUGACAAAGUUCGACGAGUGGAAUCAGAUGAAGCUGGCGGAUGGAGGGUCGAUUAGGGAGGAAAGGAUGAAGGCCGAAGUGCUAAAAGAACACGAACGUCUGAAAAUGCUGUUGGACAAUCAGAUCACUUCAGAUCUUCCAAAAACUGGAUCAGCGUCUAGCCAAUCUAGUUCAAGCUCUGGCAACAAUAAUCACAACAAUAAUAAUAAUAAUGUGAAAAAACAACUGCCGCUCAAAAUUCCGCAGUACGGGAAUUUCUACUCACAACCUUCACAACCUGCGCAGAAUCGAUCCCCGCCGGUUGCUCCACAGGCAGCGCCUGGUGGGACAGUGUAUAAGAGAACUUCAAGGGAGAAGCUAUCUCCAAAGUCGCCAGUGCCAAAUGGAAAUAUAAUUUCUCCGAAGACUGACGAAAACCGGAAUAUUGUAGUCACUAGUGCUUCUCCAAAAAACCCUCCUUCACAAAACACCGUAGCUGUGGACAGGCUUCGACGAGAAGUUGAGGAGCAACGUCAACGUGAGAAAGAGGUCAAGCAGUAUCGGAAUCCGCGAGCCCUAGAAUCUCAAGCUUCACCCCGAAAAUCAUCUCCAGGCCCGAGAAUGGUCGAGUACAAGGCUAUGAAAUCGCCAGGCCUUGAGCCAGACGGUGUCUACGAAGAAAUCGCCCCGCCAAUCCCUAAAAAUCCUCCACCAAAGCUCUCGGACUACCGGAAAGAGCAGCAAACUGUGGUGGCUCCUCGUAUGCCAUCUGUACCAACAAAUGGCUAUGUGAGACUUCAAAUGAAUGGGAAGAAGCCUGCACCUGUGACACCUCAUCCUGUAAAGUUAUCUCCAACUCCGUACACCGGACCCGAGUACUCGUCUUCUCCGAAGCUUUUGCGAAAGACUCCGGAACCAGCGAAGAUCUACUCAUCAGUUCCAGUGAAAGAGGAGAAGAAGGUGUAUGAGAAGCCACAAGCACAUCCACAGAUUGCUCCACCAAUGGUUCGUGCAGCAUCAGUUGAUCAGAAUGGUAACAAUUACCAAAGAUCAAAGCCAGUGGAAGUAAAACCAAGACCGGUGUCAUCUCCGUUAAUGAUUCGUGCCGCGUCGGUAGAUCAAAAUCCCAUGACAGCCUCUCCUUCGGUGAUCCGGAAAAGUCAAGUAACAGCGACCCAGUCCCCGGUAUCCUACCGAAAAAUCCCUCCAACAUCUCCAACUCCACAGAGAAGACCCCUGAACAACACUGAGGUACCGUCUCCAGUAACCUAUCGGAAAAUCUCGGCACCUGUGCAAAAAGUGACGAGCCCCGCUCCUCCAGCGGCAAGAUCCGUCUCCACCGAUCAACCGCCCCCGGCGAAUCGAAGAAGCCAGGUGGGCAUUCUGUCUGCCACGUCAUCGAAGGCUACGGUAACAGUAACAUCUGCAACGUCACCACCGUACCCCAAAGGAUCAGUGGGACCUACAGUAAUCUCGAUUAAGCCGGCACCCGUUCAGCAGGCACCGAUGGCUCCUCGAGCCGCCCCGACAAAAGUAGACACCUCAUUUGACAUCUCGGAUGUGCUGAAAGGUCCGAAGCUUCGGAAAGUCGGCAUGCCUGCUGAAAAAUCUGGAAUCUCCCUAGGAAAAGUUGUCGAAUCAGUGGAAGCAUCCGGCAAUCGUCCAUCCUCAACUCCUCCUCCGCCACCUCCUCCACCACCUCUGGCAGCUGCUCCUCCACAGCCCAAGAAUCCCGACCUAAGGGACUCGUUGAUGAAUGAAAUUCGAGAAGCUGGAAGGCUACGGGCCGCCCGUGUUGCUCAAUCUGCUUAAUUUAUACGCUUUUUUUUGUUUGAAGAAGAAAAAUGAACUGAAACUGGUUUUAAUCUUAUUUUCGUCGUUGUCAACAUCUAGCCCAUUUAAUCUUGAAUAUUUUCUGUGAUUUGUGAAGAAAAACACGUUGAAUAAAUUAUUUUACAGCUGAA